UGAGUCACGGCCGCCCCGGCCCGGUCCCUCCCGGGGAGGUACGCGCGCCGCCUCCUCCGGGGCCAGGGCCAGGGGCCGGGCACCUGCCUCGCCAAGCCCCCGUCUCCUUUUGCGCCUCUCGUUUUCUCGGUCGUUCUUUGUUGACUUCAUGGCCAACCCCGUGACCCCGUAGGUCGGCGUCUGUGGCAACGGGCUGGCUGCCGGCGAGGCUGAGGCGGCCGCCGCGGUCUCCAUGGUAACGGCCCCGCCGGCGGCGUCCCGGCCUGUGCGGGGAAGAUGCGGCCUGUGGCGCCCGCCGCCUCGCCCCCGGCCUCACGGCCCGGCCGGGGCCACUGAGCAGCGGGGUCCCGGCCGCCAGCCUUCCGGGCAGCGGGCACCAGUGAAAUCCCACUCCCCGGCUGGAGACACAGAUGGCCUCAAAUGAGAGAGAUGCUAUAUCGUGGUAUCAGAAGAAGAUCCAACCAUUUUCGAUUUUUGAAGGAAGCAAUCUUUGGAAGUAUUGACUUAUUCUAACCCAAGAAACACAUUUUCCAGAUAUUGAUUGGAGCAUAUGAUCAGCAGAUAUGGGAAAAGUCAAUCGAACAGACUCAGAUUAAGGGCUUUAAAAACAAACCAAAAAAGAUGGGUCACAUAAAGCCAGACUUGAUUGAUGUUGACUUAAUCCGAGGCUCAACAUUUGCUAAAGCCAAGCCUGAGAUUCCAUGGACAUCUCUGACUCGGAAGGGGCUUGUUCGAGUUGUGUUUUUCCCACUGUUCAGCAGUUGGUGGAUUCAGGUUACCUCUCUAAGAAUCUUUGUUUGGCUGCUACUGCUUUACCUCAUGCAAGUUACAGCAGUUGUGUUAUAUCUUAUGAUGCCUAUUGUGAAUGUGAGCGAAGUGCUUGGACCCUUGUGCCUUAUGCUACUCAUGGGAACUGUCCAUUGUCAGAUCGUGUCUACUCAAAUAACAAAGCCAUUGGGAAAUAAUGGAAGUCGGAGAAGAAGAAAAUUACGAAAAACUGUAAAUGGUGAUGGGAGCCGAGACAAUGGAAAUAACUCCUUCGAUAAAGUAAGGGGAGUGGAAAAUCUGGAGUCUGCGCCCAGUAUUGGUGGUUUCUGGGGGACUCUCUUUGGCAACAGGGUUAAAAGGGUAACAUUAAUAUCUCACAAAGGGACUGAAACUGACAAUGACUCAAGUGGUCUCCGUCCCAUCAUUAAGAAGAGGCAGUGUCGACCAGAGCUUAGAAUGUGUCAAGCAAAGGAGAAAGCGAAGGUUUCCGAUGGAGAAAAGUGCCGUAGGGAGGCAUACAGGCGCAUGGGCAAUGGGGUUUCAGAUGACCUGUCAAGUGAGGAGGAUGGAGAAGCACAGACACAGAUGAUACUGUUGCGCAGGAGUGUGGAAGGGGCCUCGAGUGACAAUGGUUGUGAAGUUAAAUCUAGAAAAUCAAUACUUUCAAGGCACCUAAGCUCUCAGGUAAAGAAAACCACUGCGCGGUGGUAUCAAACAGUACGUGAUUCAGACAGUCUGGCUGACUCAGAGUUUGAAUCAGCAGUCUUCAGCCAGGGCCGUAGGUCUGGCAUGAGUGGUAAUGGCCCUCGAAGCCUUAACUUGUCAAGAAGAGACUCGGAAAGUACCCGCCAUGACUCAGAGACCGAGGACAUGUUAUGGGAUGAUCUGUUGCAUGGCCCAGAGUGCCGCUCAUCUGUCACCAGUGACAGCGAGGGGGGCCAUGUGAAUACCCUUCAUUCAGGGACCAAACACGACCCCAAAGAAGAUGUUUUUCAGCAGAACCAUUUAUUCUGGCUUCAAAACUCGAGUCCUGCAUCUGAGCGAGUUAGCGCAAUAAUCUGGGAAGGAAACGAAUGCAAGAAGAUGGACAUGUCUGUGCUGGAAAUCAGUGGUGUCAUCAUGAGCAGGGUUAAUGCAUAUCAGCAAGGAGUAGGUUACCAGAUGCUGGGAAAUGUCGUCACCAUUGGAUUAGCAUUUUUUCCUUUUUUAUACCGACUUUUCCGUGAGAAGAGCUUUGACCAACUAAAGUCCAUUUCAGCAGAAGAGAUCUUAACUCUCUUUUGUGGGGCACCACCUGUUACACCUAUUAUUAUUUUGUCUAUAAUUAAUUUUUUUGAAAGAUUAUGUCUUACUUGGAUGUUUUUUUUUAUGAUGUGUGUGGCAGAAAGAACAUAUAAACAGAGAUUUUUAUUUGCAAAACUCUUCAGCCAUAUUACUUCUGCCAGGAAAGCUAGGAAAUAUGAAAUACCUCAUUUCAGACUUAAAAAAGUGGAGAACAUUAAGAUAUGGCUAUCACUGCGCUCCUAUCUAAAGAGGCGGGGGCCACAGCGCUCCGUGGAUGUAGUUGUGUCUUCGGUCUUCUUAUUGACGCUGUCCAUUGCUUUCAUUUGCUGUGCUCAGGUGCUCCAAGGCCACAAGACUUUCCUGAAUGAUGCUUACAACUGGGAGUUUUUGAUCUGGGAAACAGCUUUAUUACUUUUCUUGCUACGGCUGGCCUCACUGGGGUCUGAAACCAAUAAGAAAUACAGCAAUGUUUCUAUAUUACUUACUGAACAGAUUAAUUUAUAUCUUAAGAUGGAAAAAAAGCCAAAUAAGAAAGAACAGCUCACUUUAGUAAACAAUGUAUUAAAGCUGUCCACCAAGCUGUUAAAAGAGCUGGACACACCUUUUAGACUAUAUGGACUGACGAUGAACCCCUUAAUCUACAAUAUCACGAGAGUAGUCAUCCUUUCUGCUGUCUCAGGAGUCAUCAGUGAUCUUCUAGGGUUUAACAUAAGACUGUGGAAAAUUAAGUCAUAAGUCAAGUCAUAUGCCUGGACUCUCCCCAUUGGCUGGCGUCAGUGCUCACCCACUGAGGAAAGAGAUGGCUUGUAGAAAACUGUGAGACUCCACCUGCUGGUUCACGUGUACCGGUCUCUCAGCUCUGCCAAACCAACCUGGAGCAAGUCCUUUUCCACUAGGGGUGUGCAUGCUAAAACCUGCACGUUCAUGGUUUUCAAACAAUGUGAAUGGUCUCAGACUAAAGACUGUGUUACAGUAACACAAGGACAUUUUCCUAAGUUAGGACAUUUAUUCUGGACCCUCAAGUACUGUGAUAAUUAUAUUUACUGCAAAUAUUUUUUGGGGUAACCAUGAUAGAUGCCCAAAGCAUGAAGCAAUUACCUUUUAUUAGAAAUACACAAAUUUAGUACUUUUCUAUUAUAGUCUAUGGGAUUGGCGAUUUCUCUGUCAAAGAGAGAUUAAAUUAUUUUACGUUGAAUCCAAAUAAAAGAACUUUACUGGAGAA